UGGGAUGUUGUAUGACAGUGUGGGGGUCUUCAGUACGCAUCGGUAUUAAUGAAUAAGCCCCGAAUAAGUGAAAGGUCUGAGCCCACCAUGUGACCACGCGAAUCAGUUAACCGCGUGCGGGGGACUCCUGGAUGUCCUUUGGGGUCGCCCACUCGCACCUCCGUCUGUCGACCACAUCACGUUGACAUCUCCUGUCGCCUCAUGCAGGACAGAGCGGGCACAUGCCGGAGGCACCUCGCCGCACCGCACGGCCCAGCCCAGCGCUUCAAUCUGCUUAUGGCGUCCUGCACGGCUAAUUCUGAAGGUUACCUGACCCGACGAUCUCCGCUAAUCUGCUGCUAAUCCCAGCCCGCUGCGCAGCCAUGAAGCACACGGCACAAGAGCUCCGCUGGACUCCUCCGAGGCGUCUCGUGCCCGCUGUCCCACGCACCGGCCAUGUCUCCCGGUCUUGGAUUUCUCCUCCUGUGGGCUCUGACGCGGGUCUCGGCGUUCUGUCCUUCUCAGUGCACCUGCAUCUACCACGGGCGGAGCGACGGCACGGGCACCAGAUCGGUGCUCUGCAAUGACCCCGACAUGUCGGACAUCCCAGUCAACGUCCCUGUGGACACGGUGAAGCUGCGGGUGGAGAAGACGGUGGUGCGACGGAUUCCUACAGAGGCCUUUUACUACCUGGUGGAUCUACGGUAUCUCUGGAUUACAUACAAUUCCAUCUCCACCGUGGACAGCAGCAGCUUCUAUAACCUCAAGGUGCUCCAUGAGCUGCGCCUGGACGGCAACCUGCUGUCCACCUUCCCGUGGGAGGCCAUGCAGGAGAUGCCCAGCCUGCACACUUUGGACUUGCACAACAACCGGCUGUCAACAAUCCCGGCCGAGGCGGGCCGCUAUCUCAGGAACAUCAUCUAUUUGGAUAUUUCGAGCAACAAACUCACAACUCUGCCAACAGACUUGAUGGACAUCUGGCCACCAUUUUCUGGAAUUGUGAAUACUAACCCGGGCCUGCUGCCUCAGCGAGUCAUACUAGGUCUGCAAGACAACCCCUGGUUUUGUGACUGUCGAAUAUCAAAGCUGAUUGAACUUUCCAAAAUCUAUGAGCCAUCUGUUGUCCUUCUGGAUCCCCUCUUGGCUUGCAGUGGCCCGGAGAACUUAUCUGGGGUUCUGUUCCAGAAAGCAGAACUCGAGCAGUGCCUCAAACCAUCUGUGAUGACCUCAGCGACAAAGAUUACGUCUCCACUGGGCAGCAAUGUUCUGCUGCGCUGUGAUGCCACUGGCUAUCCGACUCCCAUUCUGAUCUGGACCAGAUCUGAUGGAUCACCUGUUAACAAUACAGUUGUUCAAGAGUCUCCUGGAGAGGGAAUAAGGUGGUCCAUCAUAAGCCUCAAUGGAAUUCUAUACAAAGAUGCUGGUGAAUAUCGAUGCAAAGCAAAAAACCUGGCUGGGACAUCUGAAGCGUCUAUCACACUGACAGUGGUGGGGGUCGUGACGACUACUGCCUCCCCAAUGAAAUUUACAAAAAGGCCUGGCACACAGCCCAGCAAUGUCAUGCAGGUGAAAACAGAGCUGCUCACAGAGAGGAUAACGAUGGCAUCUCCCACUACUUUCACUGCCAGCACCCUUAGUGAGCUCCAAAACAGGAAGCUUUCAGUAAAUGCUCCAUCCAAACCAUUGGCUGAGGCUAAGAGGCCUGUGAAGGAGCAGCCUGCUGUCACCAACAAGCGGGUUCAGCAAGAAACUGGCGGCAAAAAAGAGGCAGAGGCCUCAAACAACACAACCUUGUCAGCCGCCAUCCAGAAGGUCACCAUUAAAAAUUUACAGGUAGUGGACCAGACAGAGCGCACUGCUGUACUGACGUGGAAGGCGCCAGAUUCUCCAGUGGGCAUCGCCCUUAACGUGGUGUACUCCACUUACGGAGAGAAGGACAAGCAAACCAUUACAACUGACAUUGGAAAAAGUGCGGUGUUCAUCAAUGGUUUGACACCCAGUACCAAAUACACGGCGUGUGUAAGUCCAAAGGGAACGCAGCCAAGGAAGGACCAAUGCGUCGUCUUCACCACCUUAGAGGAGGUGGCCGCCAGCAGCCAGGCACAGCUGCUAAUUAUUGGCAGUGGCAUCGCCUGCGCUGUGGCCCUACCACUCAUCAUUCUCCUGCUGUAUAAAGUUUUGAAGCUUUAUUGCAAGAAGGGGAACUCAGCGGACGAGGACCUUGCCAAGGAGACCUACGUCAAGUUUGAGACUUUAUCUCUCAAGCAGCGGACAAUUGGAGCGACGGGAGACCUCUGGGCUCGGAGGAGCACCGCUGAAUCGGAGAGAAUGCUCUUGUGUUCGAGAUCAAGCAUUGACUCUCAGAUGACCUUCAAAAGUGACAUGUCACGACCAGAGUACCUGUGCUAGCUG